AUGUUGACGUACGGUGUAUUUAUUUGCGACAGAAACGAAGAAGUUCCAUUGAAAAGUCAAUGCGUUCGAUCCUUUUUAAAAGGCCAAGUUGUUGGUUUUCGAUCAACAUUGACUUAUGUCAAUCAUACAGAAAAUCCUCUUGAAGUGUUUUUUCGUACGCCUGUGGACGAUUCCUUUGCUGUAGUAGGUUUGGAGGCUUGCAUUGAUGGCAAAAAAAUCCAUGCUGAAAUACAAGAAAAGGAGAAAGCUCGAGAGAAGUACAAAGAAGCAGUAUCGAGUGGACGAACAGCAGCUUUUGGAGAGGAGAAACAAGGAGAUAUAUUUAGUUUGGUUUUAGGCAAUCUUCCCCCGAAAGAAAUGGCUAUUUUAGAAUUAACUAUGGUUGGUGAACUGAAUGUUGAAGCUGGUGGUGCUGUGAGAUUUGUUUUACCUAAAGUUCUCAAACCUCGUUACACACCGACAGGAAGCAAUAACCCUCUGGCACCCGAAGUAUCUUCCGAUAGUGGGGCAACUGCAAAACAAGGGACUGGACCCGAUUCUUACCAGUUCAGCCUAGAAAUAGAUGAUGCACCAAACAUUGAUAAAGUGACAUCACCAUCACACAAGAUUUUUGCUGACAAUGACGGCGAAAAGAUCAAAGUGACUUUAACGGAAGUAAAACAAACUGAUAUUGUCAUUUUAGUGCAACCAAAAGAGAUAAACAAGCCAUUAAUUAUUGUUGAACCAGGUUUAUCAAAUGGUGAAAACAAUUUUCAAAAAUCUUCAGCAAUCAUGGUGAGCUUCAUCCCAGAAUUCAAGGGUGAAAAUAAUUGUCUUCAAGCAGCUUGUGAAUUUGUGUUUGUAAUUGAUCGAAGUGGUAGUAUGGCUGGAUCCUACAUCAAAGAUGCAGCUGAAACACUUCUACUCUUUCUUAAAAGUAUUCCUGAAGGAUGUUAUUUCAAUAUAAUAGGUUUUGGCAGCAGAUAUGUUCACCUAUUUCCAGAAAGUGUUCCAUACAAUCAAAAAAAUUUGGAAACAGCUGUAAAACAUGCAGAGAAUCUUCAAGCUGAUUUGCGUGGUACAGAGCUAUUUGAUCCUCUUAAACAAAUAUUUAGUCAUGCACCAAAAAAAGAAAACUCCAACUCCAGAUGUUUUUCUUUUGGUAUUGGCUCUGGUGCAUCAACAACUUUAGUGAAAGGCAUUGCACAAGCUGGCAAAGGUGAUAAGAUCACUGAAGAAAGCCAUGCAACCAGCUGUGACAGAUGUUCAAAUUUCUGUCUCUGCUUCCAACAAUAUAACAGUAAAUGUAGUUCCAAAGAAAGGCUUCCACGUAUUUUUGGUGAAUGUCUCAUUGUAUAUGCAAUUCUUCAUGACAAGUCACCAUCCUCAUCACCUCAAGAAGGAAAAAUACUCCUUACUGGUGAUUUACUUGGAGCUAAAGUAGAGCAUAAGAUGAAGUUUCCAAUCAAACCAGCAGUGAAAAAAGAGACUGCUUCCCAAGUGUCAACUAUUCACCACCUUGCAGCCAAGAAGUUGAUAAAAGAAUUGGAGUUGGAUGGUGGAAAAAAGGCAGAGAUGAUCCAGCUAAGUUGUGACUCCAAUGUUAUAUCAUCACAAACUGCAUUUAUUGCUGUUGAUCAAGAUAGAAAACAAGCAGUUAAAGGAAGUUUGCACAGUUGGGAUUUAAUUCCUCGAGGAGAAACUGUUGAGAGUUGGAGACUCCGGUGGAAGAGUCUUGGGCUCGUGCACUUAGAAGUGCCAGAAGAUGUUUUGAACGUUCAAGUGACAUACUUUUAG